UAUAAGGAACGUCGGAGGACCGUGGUGUUCCGUUUUAGCAGGAAAUGAGUCCAGUUUUAAAGGAAGUUUAGUUGUACAAAAUGGCGCUGGACGGAUUAGAUCAUAUGGAGAUGGAGGAAGGGAAAGGAGGAACUGGGCUCCGACAGUACUACCUGUCCAAAAUAGAAGAGCUUCAGCUGACAGUAAAUGACAAGAGCCAGAAUUUGAGACGUCUUCAAGCUCAGAGAAAUGAGCUUAAUGCAAAAGUGCGCCUCCUUCGUGAGGAGCUUCAGCUGCUGCAGGAACAAGGGUCUUAUGUGGGAGAGGUCGUGAGGGCCAUGGACAAAAAGAAAGUAUUGGUCAAGGUUCAUCCAGAAGGAAAGUUUGUGGUGGAUGUGGAUAAAAACAUUGACAUCAAUGAUGUCACACCGAAUUGCCGUGUAGCCUUGCGGAAUGACAGCUACACCCUCCACAAGAUCCUGCCCAACAAAGUGGAUCCCCUGGUGUCUCUCAUGAUGGUGGAGAAGGUCCCCGACUCCACCUAUGAGAUGAUUGGUGGCCUGGACAAGCAGAUCAAGGAGAUCAAAGAAGUGAUCGAGCUGCCCGUCAAGCAUCCUGAGCUCUUCGAAGCACUCGGUAUCGCUCAGCCCAAGGGUGUGCUGCUGUAUGGUCCCCCAGGAACAGGAAAAACUUUGUUGGCAAGGGCAGUUGCCCAUCACACAGACUGCACCUUCAUUAGGGUGUCUGGCUCGGAGCUGGUGCAGAAAUUUAUUGGAGAGGGGGCCCGUAUGGUGCGCGAGCUCUUUGUCAUGGCCAGGGAACAUGCCCCCUCCAUCAUCUUCAUGGAUGAGAUUGACUCCAUUGGGUCGUCUCGUCUGGAGGGGGGAUCUGGUGGGGACAGCGAGGUACAGCGGACGAUGCUGGAGCUCCUGAAUCAGCUGGAUGGCUUUGAGGCCACCAAGAAUAUCAAGGUUAUUAUGGCCACAAAUCGAAUUGACAUUCUGGACUCUGCCCUGCUUCGACCUGGCCGGAUUGACAGAAAAAUCGAGUUCCCCCCACCUAACGAAGAGGCUCGUCUGGAUAUUCUGAAGAUUCAUUCUCGCAAAAUGAAUCUGACGAGAGGCAUUAAUCUGCGCAAGAUUGCAGAACUUAUGCCUGGGGCUUCGGGAGCUGAGGUUAAGGGGGUUUGUACAGAGGCGGGCAUGUAUGCACUGAGAGAGCGGAGAGUUCAUGUAACACAAGAAGAUUUUGAGAUGGCUGUUGCUAAAGUCAUGCAGAAAGACAGUGAGAAGAAUAUGUCCAUCAAGAAGCUCUGGAAAUAGAUCCUGUGAUGACAGGCUUGGGAUGGUUUUGCAUCCCAGUUGCCUUUUUCCCCUUUUCUCCUUUUGUUGUUAUGUGUUACAAUCUCAAUAAAUGUAUAUUCCACAAAGAA